GGGACAAUCGGUAGGAAUCAGAACUCGUUUCCAGUCGUCCUGGAGAAUGGACCUGCCACUGCUCGCGCUCGUCCUGGUGUCGGCCUGCGGAGGACGGGUUUGGACCGCUCCGGACUAUUGCUCCACCGAGUGCCCUCAGUACACAGUGGUUGAGAAGCACAAGGACUUUGAGGAGCGUUUGUACGCUUCUGCUCAAUGGAUCACCACCAAGAUGGCAGGAACUGUGAUCUCUGAUUUAAUGGCUGCAAGUUCAAGACUGGCGAAGGUCGCAACCGGUGCUGACUGGCCGGUGCUGAUCUCCCUCACAAAUGACAGCGAGUGUUGGUAUUCCUGGUUUGUUCCACGUGACAUGACGGAGUCUCAAAUCACAGAUCCGUCAGUCAAACUGUGGCGCAGACCUGAAGUCUCCGUCUAUGUCAGGGUCUUCGAUGGCACUCCGAGCAUUAAGAGCGGUCGAGACAACGCGAAGAUUCUCUACGACGACUUGAAGAAAGCUGAGAGAAGCGUCGCUGAUGCCAACGCGUACACGUGGGCUGGCUACAACACCUAUUUGUCCCUGACGCACCACAACGAGAUCUGGAUGGAGAAAAGCCAGUGAAAUGUGCUCCAACACGUCCUUCAUACCUCCGUGCUGCUGAAGCCAUCAGGCGUAACAGGAGCCAGCAGGCCGGCCGCUGAGGGCCAGAAACCGCUUUCAGGAAUGUUGCAGCAGUCCUUCACGCUUUAUAAAUGACAUUGUAGUUGUCUGAUGGCGCUUCUUGUUCCACACAUAUCUGCUUGAAACUAACAAUAAACAAUUUGACAGCUU